AUGGCGGCGGCGGCGGCUGCCCGGCGGGCGCUGGGCUGGGCGCUGAGGGCGGGGCCCCGGCGGGGCGGGGCCUCGGGGUGGGCCUGGGCGCUGGCGGGCGGGGGCGCGGGCGCGGCGGGGGCGGCGCUGCUGCUGCUGGGCGGGGGGGCGGCGGCGACGGAGGAGGGAGAGGGGAAGGGGGCGCGCCCCCCGGCCACGCCCCCGCCCCCGCCCGCCUCGCCCCGCGCCACCUUCAACUUCAUCGCCGACGUGGCCGAGAAGACGGCGCCGGCCCUGGUCUACGUGGAGAUCCUGGGCAGGCAUCCGUUCUCUGGGCGAGAGCUGCCCAUCUCCAACGGCUCUGGUUUUGUGGUGUCUGCAGAUGGGCUGAUUGUGACAAACGCCCAUGUCGUGGCAAACCGCAGGCGGGUGAGGGUGCGACUGGCCAGUGGGGAGCUCUACGAUGCUGUGGUGCGGCAGGUGGACCAGGUCGCAGACAUUGCCACCAUCAAAAUCAAUCCCAAGCACCCCUUGCCCACUUUGCCUUUGGGUCGCUCAUCGGAGGUGCGCCAGGGGGAGUUUGUGGUGGCCAUGGGCAGCCCUUUCGCCCUGCAGAACACGGUCACUUCCGGCAUCGUCAGCUCAGCCCAGCGGGGAGGGCGAGAACUUGGCCUGGCUGCUUCGGAUAUGGAGUACAUCCAGACAGACGCUGCCAUCGAUUUUGGGAACUCUGGUGGCCCCCUGGUGAACCUAGAUGGUGAGGUGAUUGGUGUAAAUACCAUGAAGGUGACGUCUGGCAUCUCAUUUGCUAUCCCCUCUGACCGGCUGCGGGCCUUCCUUGAGGAGGAGGGGAAGCAUACGGGCUCCUGGUUUGGCAGCACAGAGGGGAAACGUCGCUACAUUGGUGUGAUGAUGCUCACCCUGACCCCCAGCAUCCUGUCUGAGCUGAAGAGGAGAGAUCCCGCGUUCCCUGACGUGCCUUAUGGCGUCUUCAUCCAUAAGGUCAUCAUUGGCUCUCCGGCUCAUCAGGCAGGACUGAAGGCUGGUGACAUCCUGAUGGAAAUUAAUGGGCAGGCUUCCCAGCGGGCAGAAGACGUCUACAGGGCUGUGCGGACACAGCCACACUUGGCGCUGCAGGUGCGCCGAGGGUCUGAGUCGCUGCAGCUGACAAUCACCCCUGAGGCCACGGAGUAGGGCGGCAGGCGUUUUCUGUGGAAGGCCUCCAGCUUGCCUGGAGAAGUGCUCCGUCCUGGGUGCAGGGAGGAGCGGCCCUCCUCUGCAACCCCUGGGAAGGGCGGGGCUGCUGGCUCGGCCUCACACGAGGGCUUGGGAGACAGCGGCUCCUCCUCGACCCCUGGGCAGGGUCUGAAAGCCCGUUCCCUAGAGCCUGCCUCUACUGUUGGCAAGAUGGCGGCACAGGCCCCAGAGGGAUCUCGGCCUUUCCCUCUGCGUGGCUUGUGUUUGUGUUCCUCUCACUUCAGUGUUCGUUACUCUAAGGGGAGCAAGUUCUUAUUGGAAUGCCUAGUGGUGGUUUCAGCCAAACCCAAACCAGAUCCGGUAGGAGACUGAACUGGGAGUGGGUGGCGGUUACAUGCUGCCUGUCCGUCCUUUGGCAGCUCUGAACACUCUCUGCCUGUUUAAAGGACGGUAGGAGACUGUAGCCAAAGCCACUUGACCCAUACAGUGGAACUGGCUAACAGGGGAAAAAAUGACAGCUGCGGCUGGUGAAGGGGGUCUUCUUUCUCCACACACCUGCCAGAGGAGGUCCAUUGUCUCCCUUGGGCUUACUGGGGCGGGAGGGGGGCUGCCUCUGCCCUGCUUGUACGUUUAGGAAUUUCACAAAUCAUCCCAGCUAAGAGAAUGUGUCAGUUCAAAAUCUGUCUUUGCCUGUGUGAAGAAAGCCUGACUUGCUUUGUCAUUUAUGAGGUUCCUUGUGGAAUGAGAGCUCACGAUUGGAUGGAAAAACAUGUGCUGUCCAGCUGUACGAAGAAUGAAAUGAUGUAGACCAAGAUGGGAAGAAAUAAACACUUAGAUUUUGCCA